UGUGCUUAGCGGUGAGCGUGUGGAUGAUUCAGAGAUUCGAGUGAGCGACGGAGUGCACAGUCUUGACAGCGCCGAGCUUAGCAACACUGAACGCCACAAGGAGCCCUUCAGCUAGCUAGCUACUAAACAAGCGGAAACAAACGUUUUUCCUUACAAUAUUUCUUUGACAAGACAUGGAAAUGAACACCAGGAGGGAGGCGACGAGAAAAUCUGGAUGAAUUGGUGGACCAUUAAAACAAAAACCCUGCUUCAGAGAAAGCACUCUAACGUUAGUUAGCUAGCAAAUGUGGAUUAGACUUUCUCAGUCAUAUAUAAUAUGAUCGUACGUUUUCAUAUUUAAUGGAUGGGCUUCGUUCAGCAAGCAGUGUAAGGCUAUUUGACUGAACAUUAAUAAUUUAGCGAGCUAGCCAGACUACUGCCUUGAACUUGCUAGUUAGCUAACUUACUAGCCAGCGUUAGCAAUUGGACCAGCACUUCAUAUUCAAUCAUCUUGCCUCUUCACUUUUCAAUUCAUGAAUUUGCUGUAGCGCAAGCGGAUGCGUCGUCUGUUUCAAUAGCUCAAGCCAGCCCAGCACACCCAUGGUCCAGCAGGCAGCUGAUGGAAGAUCCGGUUCCCAACGUGCCCACCAUGGUCUCCAGGCUGCCCAAGUUUGGUUCGCGCCCCGCGGCUGUGGCUGCCACCGCCCCACUGACCAAUGGGACCCGCCACCAACCCGUCUCCAGCACCACGGGCAAAGGGUUACCCACUGCCACCACCAGGCAGAACGGGACAAUGCGGAUGCCCCCCCCUUCCUCUCUGAAGGGGAAAGGAGGAGAGGCUGUGGAGAGGGGGAUGGACUCGGGGGAGGAGGGUGGAACUGGAGGUGGGCAUCACCUCCGACAACCGCAGCCCUCACCAGCGGCGGUACGGGAGAUUAAGAAGCCAUCCGCCAUGCCUGCCACGGCUAAGGUACGGGGGUGUGCUUCUGUGGUAUCCUCCAACAGCCCUAGAACUAUACCCUCCAAAACUGGGCCUCAUGGGGCCAUCCCCAAACAGGCAUUGUCUGGACAGAGUCUCUGCAACGGCAAAGCGGGCCUCAGCGGCCAGACAGGUGGUGAUGGACGGUUUGGGUCUGGGAAUGGCUCCCUCAGGCGGGGCCAGAGCUGUGGUUCGCCCCACAGCAACCUGACCAGCAGCCUGUCCCACUCCCAGUCCAGCGACAGCCUGGAGACCGCCUCGGAGGAGAACAUGGUGCGCUCCCGGAGCCUCACCCACGUCAAGAGGAUCCCCUCCCCCACCCAGCCGCCCAUCAUCCGCUCCUACUCCUUCAACAGGGCCUCAGAGCUUACCAAGGAGCUGCCCAGGCCUCUAGCCAAGUCCCGACUGGUCAAGACAUCGCCCCUAACCAGACCGACACCUGUGCUGAGUAGUGCGGGGCGAGGGAACGGCCUACACCUCAGUAAGGGUGGACAUGGACUAGCAGCAGGCAGGGCUGUGGUGGGAACAGCUAGCUGCAUCUUGCCCCCCACCACACUGAGGAAUUCCUUACUCCCCAGUUCAGCCUCCUGCAACACCAGGCCCUCGGCCCUCAGAUACAGGUUCACACGGCCCUCACUUAUCAAGCAGCCUCGCCCCAUCUUGGCCACCUCCACCGAGAAGGUCCAGGGCAACACAGAGGAAAGCGAGGGGAGGAAGAACUCGGUGGAGACACCCCCUGUCACCCCAGACCCAUCCAGCAACACUGACAGCCCAGGGAGCACCCCAGAGUGCGUAACGGAAGGCCUGCAAGAGGAGCCUACGGCCCCCAGCGGGGUGCGUCCCCUGGGGGAAGGCCUGGAGGACAUGUCCCUCUCCUCCACCUCCUCCCUGGAGCGCAACGAUACCAGCGAGGAGUACAUGGACGACUUUGACAACCUGGGGAACGGAGGAGACGGCAUUCUGCUGCUCCCUGCCCGUGAUGGAGGGCUCGACCAAUCACACUCUGUCUUGGCAGAUGAUGACAACGCCGACCUCAUCCACCGUCACGGUGGCACCUCCAUGGCGGGCCUUAACAGCUUCCUGUCUGACAGUGUAGACUGGGCCGGAAUGGGACUCACUGGGGGUAGAGGGGGCUUAGGGGCGUUGUCUCGGCGUGCUAGUCAGGCCCUGUCCGGGGGUGCAGACUACCCCCUCGGCUCUUCCCUCGACCUGUCUCCCUCAGACUCCGGCUCGGGGGGGACCUACAUGUGGGACGAGGAGGGUCUGGAGCCCUUGGGGACCACCACACAGCCCUGUGGGAGCUACAACUCAGACCUCAACAGCAUGGACAUACUAAACAACCUGGACAACCUAGAGUCUGGGUGUGACCUGGACGACGAUGACCUCAUGCUGGACGAUGACCUCCCUGAGGAUGGCUCCUUGCAUGGUGAUACUGAUGGGAUGUCCCAUCUGGCCCUGUGGCGGAGACGGCAGCUCUGUUGGACUGUAGACGACCGACUCCACAGUGACAACAUUAGUGACUGUGUGUUCCAGACCUAUGAUGGGUACCAGAGUCAGGGCACAGGCUUGGCAGCCCCUCACCAGGCUGUGGAGCUGGAUGAGCUGACACUGAAACACAUGGCAGAUGACUGCUGCUCUGUAAAGGCCCAGCUAGAACACCUGAAACUACUGCUGCAGAUGGAGGAUGGUAGUGAUAUGGACGACACUCUGAUUCUGGAUACCUUGAGUCCAGAAUCCAGACGGGACCCAAUUCAAGCUCGACAGGUGGAGGAGCUGUUGAAGGAGGUGCAGGAGCUGAGAGAGGAGCUGAGGAGUAAAGACCGGACCAUUUCUCUGCUGACCCAGCAGAUGGAUGUUCCUGUCAAGGCCACGAGAUGCCACUGCCAGCAGUACAGUCCACCUGGAAGAGAUGUGGAAAGAGUGGCGGUGACCUACCAUGACAAGGCCACACAGACUCCACCAUGGAGGGGACAUGCUGUGAGUGCUGCUUCCUGUAUGUCUCAGAGAGAGAGAGAGUGAGCGAGUGUCCAUCCCACUGUCAUGUCCUGGUCAUAUUUACUGUUGAGCACUUGACUUUUGACAUUUUUUUUUGUUUGAUUCUCACCGUGCAAGUGUUCUCUAUUCCAAGUCAUACCUCUGUAGGAGCUGUGAAACGUUUAUAGCCGUUUUAAAGCUCUAUAACAUAUAUACGGUAUAUUCGGCAGUGUUUAGACCUAUUGACUUUUUCCACAUUUUGUUACAGUCUUAUUUAAAAAUGUAUUACAUAGUUGUUUCCCCUCAAUCUACACACAAUGACAAAGCAAAAAUGUUUUUUUUUAAAUUAUUUUCUUAAACUGAAAUAUCACAUUUACAUUAUUAUUCAGGCCCUUUACUCAGUAUUUUGUUGACGUACCUUUGGUAGAGAUUGUAGAUGACGCUAAAAGCUUGGCACACCUGUAUUUGGUGUUAUUCCCAUUUCGCUCAGCAGAGCCUCUCAAGCUCUCAGGUUGGAUGGGGAGCAUUGCUGCGCAGCUAUUUUCAGGUCUCUCUAAAGAUGUUCGAUCGGGUAUAAGUCCGGGCUCUGGCUAGGGCCACUCAAGGACAUUCAGACACUUGUCCCGCAGCCACUCCUGUGUUGUCUUGGCUGUGUGCUUAGGGUUGUUGCCCUGUUGGAAGGUGAACCUUCGCCCCAGUCUGAGGUCCUGAGCUCUCUGCAGCAGGUUUUCAUCAAAGAUUUGCCUUUAUUUGGCUUCGUUCAUCAUUGCCUUGAUCCUGACUAGAUUCCCAGUCCCAGCCGCUGAAAAACAUCCCCACAGUAUGAUGUUGCCACCACCAUGCUUCACCGUAGGGAUGAUGCCAGGUUUCCUCCAGACGUGACGCUUGGCAUUGAGGCCAAAUAGUAAAAUGUUGGUUUCAUCAGACUUGUUUCUCUUGGUCUGAGUGUCUUUUGGUGCCUUUUGACAAACUCCAAGCGGGCUGUCAUGUGCCUUUCACUGAAGAGUGGCUUCCGUCUGGCCACUCUACCAUAAAGGCCUAAUUGGUGGGGUGCUGCAGAAAUGGAUGUCCUUCUGGAAGGUUCUCCCAUCUCCACAGAGGAACUCUGGAGCUCUGUCAGAUUGACCAUCGGCUUCUUGGUCACCUCCCUGACCAAGGCCCUUCUCCUCAUAUUGCUCCGUUUGGCAGGGCGGCCAGCUCUGGUAAGAGUUUGGUGGUUCUUCCUUUUAAGAAUUAGGGAGGCCACUGUGUUCUUUGACCUACAAUGCUGCAGACAUUUUUCGGUACCCUUUCUCAGAUCUGUGCCUCAACAUAAUCCUGUCUUGGAGCUCUACGGACAAUUCCUUUGACCUCAUGGCUUGAUUUUUGCUCUGACAUGCACUGUCAACUCUGAGACCUUUAUAUAGACAGGUGUGCACCUUUCCAAAUCAUCAAUCAAUUGAAUUUACCUCAAGUAGACUCCAAUCAAGUCAUAGAAACAUCUCAAGGAUGAUCAAUGGAAACAGGAUGCAGCUGAGCUCAAUUUUGUGUCUCAUAGCAAAGGGUCUGAAUAAAAAUCCCAAAACCUGUUUUUACGUUGUCGUUAUGCGGUAUUGUGUGUAGCUUGCUGAGGAUUUAUUUUAAUUUAAUACAUUUUAGAAUAAGGCUGUAAUGUAACAAAAUAUGGAAAAAGUCAAGGGGUCUGAAUACUUUCCCGAAGGCAAUGUAUAACUUUAUACUGUAGCUGCUGGAGGACCCCUAACAGAGACUUAGCUAGGUAGGUGUCAUCUUUUUACUCUGGCUCUGGUCAAGCCAAGCAGCCAGGAGUCUCUGGCCUCUGCCACUUGGACAGACAGCAUGUUUCAACAGUAAGGCAGCCUGGGGGCCUGUUGGAGCAGGAUGUUGCGUGGGCUGAACAAUGCCAGUUUAGAGGGAUGACUGGGCCCAUGGGCCCCCCCCUUGCUCCUGUCUCCUAAGCAGGCUGCCAGUGUGUUUGGCUGCGUAGUGGCCUGCCUGUCUGGUACACUACUGCUAUCUUUCUGUGUUCUCUGAUGAAACAGGGCCUCAGCCCUCCCUGGGCAGCAUAAAUCACAGGACUAUCACUAAUGACAAACAAUAAAUGCAUAUCCAGGGGGUUGGCUGCCCUUUAGUUUGCCUGGCCCAAAUAAACCAAGGGCACCUCCAAGCCCAGCGCAGAACAAAGUAGCACCGUCAAUAACAUGGCAAUCGCUUUUUCACGCCGCUAGCCGCCCCGUGAUGGACAGGCUUGUUGGGUUAAGCAGCUUUAGAUUUAAAAAAGGCGGCUCCGCUUGAAAUAUGCGCUCCAGUAACGCAGCACAGGGGUCUCAUUUUUGCACCUUGCCAAAGGACACCAGCAUAUCAGCAUAUACCGGUGAGAGGCGCCAUGAGGUGGGAGGCAUGGUGCUCAGUCAUAGACACCCACACCCGGUGGCGGCGCACUUCUGGUCAUUUUUGUAUCCCGCCAUGAUUUGGAUUCAUUCACCCGCCUGCUUUGCGGUUUUGGAGUAAGGUGUGGAUGGGAAACUGUAGGAAAAUUGGUUCGGUUCAGAUUUACAGCUUGGGUUUGUACUUCACCUGAAGAAGGUAAUGGACAAGUUGUACCUGGUUGUGUGCAGGGAGUGGGGUGAUGGAGGGGACGGGGGGUGGCUUUGGUGCUGGGACUAGGGCAGGAAACAUGCGUUUCCGGGGUGCAAGAGGAGAUAAGAGGACGGUCGAGGCUGUGGUGGCGUUCACCAAGGCACAUACCUUACGCCACUCUAAUUUGAAUUCGCCAGCGUUCAGAUGUUCAGACACACAAGUGCCCAUCAGCAAACAGAUAAGUCAGGUGCCACCGAAAUGAAAGCCUUUCCCGUCGUCUUUAAUUGUUUCUCCUUUGUAUCUAACCGCUGCAGUUUUGUUUGAAGGGGAAACGUGAUAGCCCUGACAUUUCAUUUUUCAAUUAUGAGGGAAACGGUGACAAUAUUCUCCCCGCUGUCUCAAGAUAAAGGAAAGUGUAGCGUGUGAGCGUCAGCACACAAACAAACAAUCAAUCAAGCAAGCCGACAGAGGCAUAAUGACAGUGGCUUGAGAGUAUCUCUGUCUCAAAGGCACGGGAUUCCUCACACCAUGCUGUCUCUUAGUGCUGAACUCCAAUCAUAGUAUUUCUAGCUCAAAUCCAUCUAAUUGUAUUUGUCACAUGCUUUGUAGACAACCGGUGUAGACUAACAGUGAAAUGCGGGCCCUUCCCAACAAUGCAGAGAGAGAGAAAAUGGUAAUAACACGUAAUAAUACAAAUAAUUAUAAAUACAGACUAAGAACUUGGCUAUAUACAUGGGUUACCAGUAGCGAGUCGAUGUGCAGGGGUACGAGGAAAUUGAGUUAGAUACGUACAUAUAACUAGGAAUACAGUGACGAGGCAUCAGGAUAGACCGUAGCAGCAGUGUACGUGAAGAGUCAAUGAAGAUAGUUUACCAAAUAGGACUAUUUAGCAGAAUUAUGGCUAGGGGGUAGAAGCUGUUCAUGGUCCUGUUGGUUCCAGACUUUUUAGGGUCAUCCGCUGACACUGCCUGGUAUAGAGGUCCUGGCUGACAGGGAGCUCGGCCCCAGUGAAGCACUACCCUCUGUAGCGCCUUGCGGUCGGAUGCCAAGCAGUUGCCAUACCAAGUGGUGAUGCAGCCAGUCAAGAUGCUCUCAAUGUUGCAGCUGUAGAACUUUUUGGAGGAUCUGAGGGCCCAUCCUAAAUCUUUUCAGUCCACUUCAGGGGAAGAGGUGUUGUUCCCGCUUGACGACUGUGUUGUUGUGUGUGAACCAUGAUAGAUCCUUAGUGAUGUGGAUACCGAGGAACUUGAAGUUCUCAAACCGCCCCACCGCAGCCCUGUCGAUGUGAAUGGGGGUGUGCUCGGCCCUCCGUUUCCUGUAGUCCAGGAUCAGAUCCUUUUUGUCUUGCUAAUGUUGAGGGAGAGGUUGUUGUCCUGGCACCCCACUGCCAGAUAGAUCUCUGAUUGUCGUCAGUGGUCAGGCCUACCACCACUUCCGUAUUGGGUACUUCCUGUUUGAGUUUUUGCUUGUAAGCAGGAAUCCAGAGGAUAGAAUUAUGGUCAGAUUUGCCAAAUGGCGAUUGAGGGAGAGCUUUAUAUCUGUCUCUGUGUGUGUGGAGUAUAGGUGAUCUAGAGUUGUUUUGCCUUGUUUUGCCUUGCUGCACAGGUGACAUGCUUGAAGAAAUUUGGUAAGACAUAUUUCAGUUUUCCUGCAUUAAAAUCGCCGUCCACUUGGCGCGUCGUUUUUGAUUGGACAGGCAUUAAGGUAUUCAUUUACUGUUCGAUUGAACGUUAGAAUGGGAAAACUUAAGCGAUUGAGUGUGUGGUAUGAUCAUCCUGUGCCAGGCGCACCGGUUCCAGUCUCUCAGAAAUGGCCGGCCUCCUGGGUUUUUCACACAACAGUGUCUAGGGUUUACGGGGAAUGGCGCGACAAACAAAAAACAUCCAGUCCGUGGCAGUCCGGACAGUUGAUGUUGAUGAGAAUGGCAUGACUCGUUCAGGGUAACAGGCGGGCCACAAACAGACAAAUAACGGCGCAGUACAACAGUGUUUUGCAGAACAGUAUCUCGGAAUGCACAACUCGUCGGCCCUCGUCACGGACGGGCUAUUGCAGCAGACGACCACACCGGGUUCCAUUCCUAUCAACUAAAAAGAAGAAAGCGACUCAAGAGGGCAGAUGAUCACCAAACCUGUACAAUUGAGUACUGGAAAAACAUUGCCUGGUCCAACGAAUCCGGAUCCUGUUGUGUCAUGAUGAUGGCAGAGUCAGGAUUUGCCGUGAGCAGCAUUAGUCCAUGGCCCCAUUCUGCCUGGUGGCAACGGUAUAUGCUGCUGGUGCUGGUGUAAUGGUGUGGGUAAUGUUUUCCUGGCACACUUUAGGUCCCUUGAUACCAAUUGAGCAAUGUUUCCAUGCCCCAAAGAAUUCAGCCUGUUCUGUAGGCAAAGGGGGGUCCAACCCGGUACUAGAUGCGUGUCAGUAGCAAUCUUCAUUCAAAUCAAGGUUAGUGAUCGCUGUUCUGAAAUCCAGAAAGUCUUUUCAUUACAAGAAACAAUGGCAUAAACAUUAUGUACAGAAAAGUUCAGAUCAGCGCAAAUAAACACACAAUAUAACGGAAUUGGCCAGGAGCCCGUAAAACGGUGGCUAUCCAAUGUGUCUUUGGUUCCCUCUGUGAAACUGUCUCUCCCGCAUCCCCGUGUGACAGGCUUGAUGGACCAAUGGAAAUGACAAGAUUGUCUUUGCGGUGUGUGUGAUGUCACAAAGUCAAGUCGGUAUACUGCCUAUCAGGCUGUAUGUAUUCAGAAACGCAAGGGAAAAUGUUCCUCAUUGUCACAGCUACACCGGUUUACCAUGGUAACGGUUUUUAGAGCAAUAAGGUUUUUUCUCUCUAAGAAAAACCGAUCCCUAGCGGAUUAGUCAUAGUCCUACUAAUCAAUACUGAUAAAUGGAACAGGCAACAGUGUCUUGGAGAAAUACUGAUGGUGUGUUAGAGAGAAAGAGUGACGAAAGAGGGGGAGGGUUGAGAGAGGCGACAUUGUAUUGAGCUCGAGAAAUUAUGCUGUCUAUCCAGACUGCAGAGAAACUGGCAUCGACCAUAAUGAGCACAAUUGAUCUGUAGUGUCAGUUCACAAAUAACGCAUCCCUACCCCCCCCCUAAAGCAAAGGUAAACUCAACACCCAACCAAUCCCCUCUCACUGAGCCUCUUGCAGCUUCAAUAACAGUACCUAUCACUGUCAUGUCAGGUAGCUAUGAGUUUAGAGGUGACCCUAGUCUACAUUUCUCAUCUUCCUCCCCCAUGUCAAAUCACUCCCUGGCAGGUGUGUCUGAACCGGUGGAGGGUGAGUGUGAUUGUAUUGUACAGGGAGACAUCGCAGGCACCCUGUCUGGGGAUGGACUGAGAGACGAGUGGCGUCACAUUAGUGUGGGUGUAGCAAUGGGGGAA